AUGACAGCCAUCAAUAUCACGGCAAUCAAUGUGCUCGACAACCCGACGCUCUUCAUUAACCCUUUCCAAUUUGAGAUACAGUAUGAGUGCCUCCAAGACUUGCAACAUGACUUGGAAUGGAAAUUGACGUAUGUUGGAUCUGCUGAGUCUGAGAAGUACGAUCAAGAGCUGGAUAGCGUGCUGGUGGGACCUGUGGUGCGAGGACAGUACCGUUUCAUCUUCCAGGCUGACCCGCCUGACCACAGCAAGUUGCCACAGGAUGACAUUGUCGGGGUGACAGUCCUCCUGCUGACCUGCAGCUACCAGUCAAAGGAGUUCAUCAGGGUGGGAUAUUAUGUCAACAACGAGUACAUGGAGGAGGAGCUGAGGGAAACACCUCCUGAGAAGGCGCAAAUUGACAGGCUGUCACGGAGCAUACUCGCAGACAAGCCGAGGGUCACGCGCUUCCCAGUGGAAUUUGACCCAGUCGAGGCAGUGCCGGUCAUGGCGGGAGAGGGGCAGCCAGAGGGCAAUGGAGGGGAUGCGAUGUUCACUGGCAUGCAGCAGGACUUCCAACAGGGGCUAGACCUGCAGCAGCAGCAGCAGCAGCAGCAGCAGGGAUUCAUGCAGGAGCAGCAGCCUUCUAUGUUUGGUGCACAAGUUGCAGGCGCGGUUGACAUGGAGGCCUGA